AUGGCAAGUAAGCCUAUUGGUGAGCCUGCGAUUUUUAAGAGGAAAACCAAAAAACCUGCUUUCAAGAAAAACUUGGUUGAGAGUUAUGAUGUUGAUGAAAAUGGAGAAAUGUCAACCACCAAACCAAACUACUUCAAAAGCUUUGGAUCAUUCAAGCUUUUAUGUUUAAGAAGUUUAAUAUCGUUUGUUGUACUGAAUGCUUCUAGACAAUAUUUAAAAGCAAGCUUUCUAACGCGAAGUCCGCUAUCUAACAUUACAAAUGGUGUAUUCCUUGUAGAUUGUAAGGAAAGAAUACUUAUGCGAAAAGAAGAGAUCGAUAAAAGGAAUUCCCACAUAAAGUCUAAAGGUUUGCAAAAUGUCCAAGUUAGUUCUAACCAAUCACCAACUAACAGAAAUGUCUAUUAUGGGAAGGAAGUCGUCAAUACUUAUCAAUCAAUUCCAAACACACAUACCACUGACACUGCUUCAAAUAUCUAUUAUACACCAUUGCUAUCAGAUGUUACAAAUGCUUCACUCCCCGAUAAUGAUUAUACUCGCUCGAAGUUUAAUCGGCGCAUCCGUAAAGAAUAUCUAGAUAGGAGAAAAAAAGGCUUGAAUUUUACCUCACCAAACAUUCCAAUUUCAAGUACUUCUUCUUCAGAUAUCCAAUUCAGUUUUAACAAUUCACCAAUUAAUAGAACUGUCCCUUAUGUGAAGGAAGUUGUUAUUCCUUAUCAAUCAAAUCCAAAUCAACAUACCAUUGUUCAUUCUUCCAAAAUCUAUUUUACACCUAUGCUAUCAGAUAUUACUAAUGCUUCAAUCACCACUGAUGAUUAUAGUAGCCCAAAGUUUUGUCGGAGCAUCAGGAAACAAUAUCGUGAUAGGCAAAAACAAGCAAUUAAAUCUCCAUCAGUAAACUUUCCAAGGUCAACUACACAAGCAUCUAUCAAAUUACUACAAAGUACUUAUACGUCAAAGAAGAAUAUUCAAUUAUCUUCGUUGAACAAUUCUCGAGAAAAACUCCAUUUUUCCGGAGAAUUUAUAACGAAUAUAUUUUGUGGCAUAUCAAAAGAUUACUUGGAUCAUGGUGAUCAGAGUCAUAUAUGUGAAACAUGUCAUGCAAAAUUAUGGAAAGAUGAAGUCUUAAGAAGUUAUCAAAGAAAGACUAAAUCAAGUUUUUCUCUAUGUUGUGGUUACAGCAAAGUCAAACUUCCCGAUUUCAAGCCCCCGCCCUCUGAUUAUAAAAGUCUUUAUACUUCUUCUGACUCUAAAAGCAUUCAUUUUUUGAAAAACAUUCGUCGUUACAACUCAAUGUUUUCUUUUACUUCCAUGGGUGGAAAAGUAGACAACUCCAUUAACAAUGGUAAUUCUCCUUAUGUAUUCAGACUUAGUGGUGAGAAUUAUCAUAGUAUUGGAAGUCUUAUACCAACGAAUGGAUCCAAGCCUAAGUUUUCUCAGUUAUAUAUAUAUGAUACUGAGAAUGAGGUUGCAAACAGACAAUUUGUUUUAGGGGAAAGCCGAAAACACUCCAGCUCAAGUAGUGAAAUUUUGGAUUUUGAAAUUAUUUCAGAAUUGAAGGCAAUGUUAGAUUCUCACAAUCAGUUGGUUAAGUCUUACAGAAUGGCGAGAGAUUGUUUUCAAAGAAAUCCUUGUGAGAAUCUUAAGAUUCGCCUUAUUGCAAAAAGGAAUAAAGAUGGUAGGACAUAUAACUUGCCAACUGCUUCUGAAGUUGCUGCUUUAAUAGUUGGAGAUAUUGACACUUUGUUUGAACCGAGAGAUAUUAUUGUGAAGAGUAAACAAGGUUAUCUCGAGCGAAUUAGUGAACUACAUCCUUCUUAUUUAGCUCUUCAAUAUCCCCUACUUUUUGUUUACGGUGAUGAUGGUUAUAGAAUUGAUAUCCUUCAUCGUGAUGUUUCUACUUCAAGCAGCAGUGAUGUUUCUACUUCAACCACCAGUAAAAGACAUACGUGCACAAUGAGAGAAUACUUUUGCUACAGAAUCCAAGAUAGAUCGAAUACGUUUUCUUUGGUUCUUAAUUCCAGAAGGCUUUUUCAACAAUUUUUGGUCGAUGCGUAUACUAUGAUUGAAAGCGAAAGGCUCUUAUACAUACGUACUCAACAAAAGAAAUUAAGAUGCGAGACUUUUGAGAAUUUAUGUUCUGUUAAAGAACAAGGCAAAAGUGAUGUCUCUAAAAUCGGUCAGCGUGUUAUAUUACCUUCGUCUUUUACUGGUAGUGCACGGUACAUGUUUCAAAAUUAUUUAGAUGCCAUGUCCCUUUGUAAAUGGUAUGGUUAUCCUGAUUUUUUCAUAACAAUCACAUGUAACCCAAAAUGGCCUGAAGUGAAGAGGUUUCAUAAGGACACGAGUCUUAACCCGGAAGAUAGGCCUGAUAUUUUAUGUAGGUUAUUUAAAAUCAAGUUGGAUUCCAUCAUUAAAGACUUAAGGGAUAAUGCAAUUCUUGGAAAGCUUCAAGCAGUUGUAUAUACGGUGGAGUUUCAAAAGCGCGGCUUGCCUCAUGCUCAUUUGUGCUUAUUUAUGCAUGCCGACCACAAACUUCCAACCGUUGAUUAUAUCGAUCCAUUCAUUUCUGCCGAAAUACCUGACAAAGACAAAGAACCAGAGUUAUAUUUUCUUGUAAGUGAGUUCAUGAUUCAUGGUCCUUGUGGUGUUGAAAAAAUGAAUUGUCCCUACAUGAUUGACGGAAAGUGUUCCAAAAAUUUUCCCAAAAAAUUUCGUGAAUCUACAUGCAUAGAUGGUGAUGGUUUUCCCGUUUACAGAAGACGUAACAAUGGUGUUUUUAUUGAGAAGUCAGAUGUCAAGUUAGAUAACCGCAGUGUUGUGCCAUACAAUAAAAUUCUUUUACAAAGAUAUCAAGCACACAUCAAUGUUGAGUGGUGCAAUCAGGCCGGAUCAAUAAAAUAUUUGUUUAAAUAUAUAAAUAAAGGUCAUGAUAGGGCAUCAAUUUGUUUUGUACCAAGUAAAGAAGCAAAUGAUCAAGAAAAGACGGUUGAUGAAAUCAAAGACUACUAUAGUUGUCGAUACAUAUCUGCUUGUGAAGCGUCUUGGCGGAUUUUUUCUUAUGAUAUACAUUAUAGGAAUCCUUCUGUCAUUAGGCUUCCUUUUCAUCUUCCAGGACAACAACAUGUUAUCUAUGAGGAAUUUGAAGAAAUAGAAGAUGUGUUAGAUAAACCGUCAGUGAAUGCUUCCAUGUUUUUACAGUGGUUUGUUUGUAAUGAAAAAUACCCUGCGGCACGUCAACUUACUUAUGUCGAAUUCCCAACAAAAUUUGUAUGGAAGAUCAACAAACGUAAGUGGAAACCAAGGAAAAGAGGUUUUUCAAUUGGCAGAAUUCAUUCGGUUUCUCCUUCAGUCGGUGAAGCUUAUUAUUUGAGGAUUUUGUUGAACAAGGUGAAAGGUCCAAGAAAUUUUGAGGAUAUCAGAACCGUAAAUGAUGUUGAGUAUCCUACUUUUAGAGAUGCAUGUUAUGCAUAUGGCCUUUUGGAUGAUGACAAUGAAUAUGUUGAAGCCAUUAUAGAAGCAAGUUUCACCGGAUCAGGUUAUUAUUUAAGAAGUUUGUUUUGUACAAUGUUAAUGUCCGAGAGUAUGUCUAGACCGGAAUUUGUGUGGGAAAAAACUUUCACUUACUUAUCAGAUGACAUUCUCUACAAGCAACGUCGUAUUUUAAAACAUCCAGGUUUGGUACUUAACGAAGAUCAAAUUAAGAACCUAACAUUGUUUGAGAUCCAAAAGUUUUUACUUCGAAAUAAUUCCACUCUUAAAAGGUAUUCCAGUAUGCCUUUUCCUAAUAAUGAUUGUAUAUCUUCCGCAAACAAUCUUUUACUUAGUGAAGAGUUGGCUUAUGACACGGAGAUAUUAGCUGAAGAGUUUCGUAAACUUUUCUCUUCAUUAACUCAAGAACAACGGGUUAUAUAUGAAGAAAUCAUCACAGCGGUGGAUAACAACAAAGGAGGCGUUUUUUUUGUUUAUGGUUACGGUGGAACAGGAAAAACAUAUCUUUGGAAGACUUUAUGUGCAUCUAUAAGAUCAGAAGGGAAAAUUGUUUUAAGUGUUGCUUCCAGUGGAAUUGCAUCUCUUUUGCUAUCAGGAGGGAGGACUGCUCACUCUCGGUUCCACAUUCCUAUCAAUUUAGAUGAGGAUUCUUUUUGUUUCAUUAAGCCAGAUAGCGAUCUUGCACGUUUAUUACAAGAAACAUCACUUAUCAUUUGGGACGAAGCACCAAUGGUACAUAAACAUGGAUUUGAAGCUUUGGACAGAUCGUUAAAAGACCUUUUUAGAUCUGUAUCUGGAGCAUCAUCAGAAUUGCCAUUUGGUGGGAAAGUUAUAGUUUUUGGAGGAGACUUCCGACAAAUUCUACCUGUGGUGCCAGGAGGAAGCAGACAACAAAUUGUAAAUGCUUCUUUAAGUUCUUCUUAUAUUUGGAGAACUUGCAAAGUCCUAAAAUUGACCAAAAAUUUGAGGUUGAGUACCUCAAAUGAUCCAUCUAAAAUACAAGAAACUACCAAGUUUGCAAACUGGCUUUUGGAUAUAGGUGAAGGUAAUGUCGGUGGUUUGAAUGACGGCAAUGCAAUUUUACAAAUACCCGAAGAUCUUCUCAUCAAACAUUCGUCUGAUCCCAUUUCAGAGUUAAUCGAGUUUGUAUAUCCUUCUCUUAUAUAUAAUUUCAAUGAAGCAAAUUACUUCCAUCAAAGAGCCAUUCUAGCUCCAACAAAUGACGUUGUUCAAGAAAUCAACGAUCGUAUGCUGUCACUUUUUCCGGGAGUUGAGAAGGAAUAUUUAAGCUCCGAUAGUAUCUGUCCAACAGAAAUGCUUAAUGAGAAUUUAGAUGAUACAUUAUGCUCACCGGAUAUUCUUAAUGGAAUUAAAGCUUCUGGUUUGCCGAAUCAUAGGUUAGUUUUCAAGGUAGGUGUUCCGGUCAUGCUUCUUAGAAAUAUUGACCAAAAAAGUGGUUUGUGUAACGGAACAAGAUUAAAGGUGGUCUCUUUGGGUAAACGUGUUAUACAGGUAGAGAUUAUCUCUGGAAGUCACAUUGGCGAUCGUCAUUAUAUUCCUAGAAUUACGUUGAUACCUACAGACAAAAAACUUCACAUUAAGUUACAAAGAAGACAAUUUCCACUUGCGGUAUCUUUUGCAAUGACCAUAAACAAAAGUCAAGGACAAUCACUCAGUAGAGUUGGUUUGUUUUUGAAAAAUCCAGUUUUCACACAUGGUCAAUUGUAUGUUGCAUUAUCAAGAGUUACCCGACGAGAUGGCCUCAAAAUUGUUAUUCUAGAUAGUGAUGGAAAUCUUUCUGAUACAACGUCAAAUGUCGUAUACAAAGAAGUUUUUAGAAAUUUGUAA